AUGGACGAUGGAGGCGUCAGCUCAAGUCUUAGCCGUCAGCAGGAGAUCCUCGCCCGGCUCCGGCUCGCCACAGAGAAGCGAGCUGCAGGGAUCCAAGCAACUAGAGCGGACACACAUGCAGAGGACCAUUUUCCACGGCCAGCUCUGCAGCACAGAGGCGCUUCUAGACAGAGGGGGCUGGAUUUGGAGGAAGAUAUUGGCAAAAGGGAAGCUGCAUUUGACCUGAGUGGUGCAUUUGAUGCGUCCUGGGGCGAUGUGUUGGAACCUGAGAGUGCAGGCCAGAGUGCUGAUGCAUCCAGACGCGUCUCCAUUGCGCAGUACUCCGAUACUGGCGAGGAGAAAAGGCUGACUGUGUCCGGGACUCUACGGUUCGGCCCCUUCGACAAUCAGGAAAAGAGUGGUGGUGAUGAGCUAGGGAAUGUGAACGGGUUGGAAGCGCAUGAAGAGAGGAGUAGUUUCUCGAAGCAAGGGCAUGCAAAAGCGGAAAGCGGUGGCAAAGAUUGGGGAGUUGACUUGCGAGCGAGUAGAAAGAGCGACCUAGCAAAGCUGCUUCAAUCAAGGCGGCAAAGUGUUGAUGGGACAACAGCCGAUGGAGUAUGUCAAGCGGACGCAACGACUGCCAAUGACUUCUGCGAUCAGAAAGCAGUAAGUUUGCACGCUCGAGCAACGAGCUACCGUUUCAAAAUAGACCGUAGAGCCUCUGCUUUUGAGCUCCCAGAGGAUGAUGACACUGCAAUCAACGAGCACCUUGAAGAAGCACCAAGAAAUGAUGAGCCUGUGUCUGUUUCUGGAGCAGUACUCGGCAAUGGGACUCUUAUGGAGCAAUCGUUGGAAAGGAAGUCACCAUCUGUUUCCAGAGCUGCUUUUGGUACUGGAGCAGGCUUAAGUAUGGGGGACUCUGAAACUAGGGAGGGGAGAAUCUACAACGUCACGGGGACGGGUCUGUGGCAAAUACCCAUGGGGCCGGAGUCAAGUUUUCGGCAGCAGAAAGCGGCCGCGCGGGAAAGCUUCUCCAAAGUGCUCAGCGAGUUUGAGAGAAUAGGGGAUGACUUUGCCCAAAUAGGAGACGGGUUUGCCCAGGACUUGCCACAAACCUCUCCAAGCGCAGCAAAAGAAGCGGAGCAGGCGUUUCAGGAUGCGGAAAACUUCUUGUCCAGGGGAGGAAAUGCGUCAUCCCCAUUAUUCGCCCGCACUUCUGUGGAGUCCAAUCUCGCGUCAAGAACGAUGUUUGGCGGGGGGGUGGGGAGGGGCGAACUUCUGACCCCCCAGAGCAGCGCAACCCCGACUACGUUCGGCAGGCUGUCAGAAAGCUACAGCAGACGCGCGCCGGCCAGCCGGUUUGGUUACUCUCCGGGUACCAGCAGCAGGGGAGAUGCCGUGAUCGAUGACGUCAGCAGGGGCGAUGACGUGGCUGACGACGUCAGUGGCGGGGCGCCGAGCACUAGCGGGACUCCAGGGCCCGAUUGGAGAUCGCACGGGGAGAUCGAGCGCAAUGGACGGCUUUCGGACGCCAGUCUCGCAUCCCCGGACUUUGGAAAAGGCGCACAGUCUAGUUCCAGCCGGAGUGUCCGAAGCGGAGGGUCGGAAGGGGUGUACGAUCCCGAGGUGUUUUAUGCUGCGGACGUUUUGGGCGAUGUAGAUGCUGGAAAUGCUCCAAAAGAGGAUAUUGAGGAUCGAGUUGCAUCGCUAGAACGCGCGAUCUUGCGCGAAUUGGAAGAAGACGACGCAUCAGCUUCACAAGGGCACCGGAGAAGAGAGACUGGGAAUGCUUCGGAUGUGGAUGACGAAAAAGAUCGGCUGACAUCUUCGUUAUAUCACAAUGGAAGAACAAGUGGUCCAGAAGGAAACGGGGAAUCGGUAGAAGCUCGGGUGCGACCGCUAUCUGAUACAGUGAGGGAUUCAAAGGAGAAAGGAACAGGAGCGGACGGACGGAACGAAACGGGAGACGGAAUCGGAGCAAACGAAAGAGGUCGGGCAGAUGGGGAAGAAAGAAAACAAAAGUCCAGCACAGGGGCAAGUGGAAGACCAGGUACUGCCAGGUCCACUGGGAAGGAAAAUGGAGUGCCGAAGGGAAAGGUCACGAAGGUGGAGCCGUUCCGGUUGAGUUCCGGCACAGGAGAGCGGCACCGGAAGGAGACGGUCCGCCGAAGGGUCCAGGAGGAGAUGCAAAAGAAGCUGACUUUCAAGCCGCACAUUCUGCAGAGCUCGUCCAUUCCGGGGGGAACGUUCCGCUUGCACGGGGAGGACCGGAUCCGCCAGCUGGCGCGGCCGCGGUCGAGCACCUACGAGAAGUACGCGCAGGACCGGAUCCGCCAGCUGGCGCGGCCGCGGUCGAGCACCUACGAGAAGUACGCGCAGGUGCGCGAGCAGCGCGAGAACGAGACGAUGCAGAGCUGCUCGUUCCGGCCUUCCGUCAGCAUCGACAGCGGAAUGCUCCACCAGCGGAAAGGCCCCAUCGACGAGCGGCUGCACGGCGAGUGGCGGCGGAAAGCUACGGAACGCGAGCGGAUCCGGAGGGCAGUCGAGCAGGCCGAAUUAGAGAAGUGCACUUUCCGUCCGCACAUCUCGGACGUGUCCGAACUCCUCGCGUCAGAGGACCGGCGGCCGAUCUACGAGCGUUUUGAGGAAAUCCAGCGACGAAAGAGCGAGGCAUUGGCACGCGCGCGCGAGCAGCUGCAGCGGAACGAAGGCACGUUCCGCCCGAAGAUCAACCACCGGAGCGAGCGGAUCGCGUUGCGGAUGGGCCUAGAGGAGAUCGACGUCGCAGACCGGCUGACGACGUUCGCAUCGACGGCCAGCCUUGGCCGAAAGCUGCGAUGCGUGGAAGAGCGCGAACUAGAGGAGCAGGAAAAGUGUCCGUUCCGGCCGGAGAUCAACCCGAGCACGGAACGGAUCCUGAACGAGGCGCUGUACGUUCCGGCGGACGGCGACUUCCUCACGCGGCAGCACUUGUUCAACGAGUUGAGAUACCAAAAACAACUUGAGCUACAAAGCCGGCAGUCCGCCGAGUGCCGCUUCCGCCCGGACAUCGGUUCCGCCGAGGAGGUUCUCGCCCAGGCGGGGCGGAACGCUGGGGAGUCGCGACAGGAGCUCAUCGAACGGCUGGCGUGCACCGAUAAGGAGCGCUUGGAAGCCAUCCGACGGCUGAAAGCGGAGCAGCACUACGCGCAGUUUGAGUUUCGGCCGGCACUCAACCCAAUUAGUAGGCUGGUUGGUCGCCCCCCUUCCGUCGAGCUGUUGCAUAAGGACGACCGCGCCAAGCAAAAGCUGGAGAUGCUGCGGGCGGAAGCGGAAGAGGCCCAGAAGCGAGAGUGCACGUUUCAACCAGAGUUGUCACGGCCGUCGCUAGAGACGUCCGAUUCGAGAAGGACGAUCAGCAUGCGGGACCCGGAGCUGAUUAGCGCUCGAAUACAGGAGCAAGAAAGGGAGCGGCUGGCGCGCAUUGAGGCCGUACGCGAGCUCCAGCGCGAGCAGGAGCUGCAGGAUUGCACGUUCCGGCCGGCGAUCAACGGAACGCCACCGGAACAGCUGGACCAGCCGGUGAUAGUCCCCGGGCUUGGCAGAUAUCUUGAGCUGCAAGAGAUGUCAAAGCGCCUGAAAAAGGAGCAAGAGGAACGAGAGCGGCGGGCUUUCCUUCUCGAGAUCCCCUCCAACCUCUCACGGCAGUCAACCAAGCCCCAGCCGUUCCGGCUGCAUUCCGGCAGCGAGCAGCGGAAGGCGGAAGUCGCCAGGCGGGCGGAAGAGGACUUCGAGGAGAAGUGCACGUUCCGGCCCGAGACGAACGCGGGCAAGACUAAAAAGUUCGUUAAACAAGUGUUGAGGGAAUGA